AUGCAGUUCUACAACUACCCCGGCACCGAGGCCAACUCGGAAUCCUUCCAUUACUCCCAGACCGUGAAAAUCGGCACCACUAUCAAGACCUCCGGUCAGGGCGGCUGGGAUGUCAAUGGCAACGUCGAGCCCGAUGUCGAGAAGCAAGUCGCUAUCGCCUUUGAGAAUGUGGAGAAGGCCCUGAAGAGCGUUGACGAACGUCUGUCAUGGGAGAACGUUUACGCCGUUCGCAGCUACCACGUCAAUGUGGAUGAGACCUUCGACAUGGUCACCGGCAACUUCAAGAAGCGUUUCCCUAACCACCGCCCCAUCUGGACCUGUGUCGAGAUCGGAAAGCUUGGCAUUCCCGGAAUGGUCAUUGAGAUUGAGGUGGAGGCUCACUACCCUUUCUAA